CUUGUCAUUGAAUCUAGGGCUCACAUCUAGUUAGCGGUGCAAUGAAGUUACCGAGGCCGGUGUUUCUUACCGUUUUGCUGCUGCUGCCGGGCUUGGCCCGGACUUUUGAGCCGAUCAGCACGACCAUAGGAGGCUUUGUAUUAGGCCUCGCUUACUUUGGGGUGAAGUUCUACUACGAGGAGCGCUGUUCCCAAGGGACCCUCAACACCACAGGUCUGCAACUGGAUUUUGAACAGAGAGUUUUUGGGCAGCACUUGGCCGAGCAGGUGAUUCUCAGAGGUGUAGCUGGUUUCAUGAAGAAUAAAAAUCCAAAAAAACCUCUUGUGCUGUCCUUCCACGGCUGGACCGGCACUGGCAAGAACUAUGUCAGCCAGAUACUGGCCAAGAAUAUAUACACUGAAGGAAUGAGCAGCAAGUUUGUGCAUCAGUUUGUGGCUACCUUACAUUUCCCACAUGCUAGUCAAAUUAAUACAUACAAGGACCAGCUGCAGGCAUGGAUCAAGGGGAACGUGUCACUCUGCGAGCGCUCCGUCUUCAUAUUUGAUGAGGUGGAUAAAAUGCAUCCUGGACUGAUUGAUGCCAUCAAACCUUACCUGGAUUAUUACGAUCACCUAGAGGGAGUGUCUUAUCGCAGAGCCAUCUUCAUCUUCCUCAGUAACACCGCGGGAGAGGUCAUCUCUAAACUGACUUUGGGUUUCUGGAAUGCUGGAAAAAAACGAGAGGAAAUUAAGUUGUCUGAUGUGGAACAACAGUUAUCCCUGACUGUAUUUAACAAACCGGACAGUGGUCUAUGGCACAGCAACCUGAUAGACAAGAACUUGAUAGAUUUCUUCAUCCCGUUUCUUCCUCUUGAGUACAAGCAUGUGGAGAUGUGCGUGAGAGCAGAGCUGCACCAGCGUGGAAUUCAUUCAUAUAAUGAGGAGAUUGUCACCAAUGUAGCCAAAGAAAUGACUUAUUAUCCAAAAGAGGUGAAAAUAUUUUCCGUAAAGGGCUGCAAAGUAGUGUCCACAAAGUUGGAUUACUAUCUAUGAGAAAAGCCACUUUUUAUAUACUUUUUGUACGGCUGUGAACAAAAUGAUGUAAAUAGGAUUUUAAACCGAUGAUCAUCUUGAAGCUUUGGUGAUCUUGGGUACAAAAAACCCAUCUUGGAACUUUAUGGACUUGUGGAUGUAUCUAUAUUCUCCUGCACUCCAAUGCCAGCUAAUUCCUCUGUGGUGGGGUUUUUAUUUACUGGACUCCUCUCGCCAGUUUCUAACUGCUAUGAAAGUGUUAUUUGAAAGCAUUUCAAUCCCGUGCCUCACCCACAUUACAACAUUUCAACCAGGCCAGUGUUUUUGGUGAUUUGUGCCAUGUUUUCAGCUACAGUUUUUACUUAUCCUGCGCUCCCCUGAGAGCUCAUGUUAUUGUGCACACCGGGCCCUGAUCUAACCACUGAGAACUGUUUUAGUAAAAAAGAAAAUUUUGUGUAUAGAUCUAUCAAAAAAGUGCCUUUUCAAUACUGUCUAAUGUACAAUAUUAUUGUGUAUGUGUAGUUUCA